AUGGGUUCAAAAUUGGAGUUACUCCUAAUCAAAUUGGAGGCAAUGGGAAGUAGAUUACAGAAGAUUGAGGACAACAUCGAAGAAAAUCGAUCAAGCCACGAACAGGGACAACAAGAAAUGUUCGUCGCCAUUGAGAAACUUGAACACCAAGUCGCGCGUAAUUUAAGUGAGCUUCAUAAAGACAUCGACAAUGUACAUAACAUCACUCGGCAGAUAAUGAAUGUCUUACCGCAGCUGCAGCAACUAACUCAAAUUCUGCAAAAUCAGUUUUGUGUAACACCAACGGAAAAAAGUGUCUCAACGACGACGGAAGUUUCAGAGCCCCUGACGAUAACUACAACAACAACGACUACAACACCGAAACCAAAGCAACCUCCGUUUUCCUCGUGCAAAGAUGUUCCUUUGAACGUCUCUGGAACAUAUCUGCUUCGUGUGAAGAAUGAUAGUGAACCCUUCAAUGUGUAUUGUGAGCAGGAAAAGUUCGGUGGUGGAUGGAUUGUGUUUCAAUACCGUUUCGAGGGAUCACUGGACUUUUACCGAGGCUGGAAUGAGUUCCGCGACGGAUUUGGUGAUUUAAACAGAGAGUUCUGGUUGGGUCUUGAGAAGGUCCACCAGAUAACAAAUGGCCGUAAGCACGAGCUGAUUGUCGAAUUGAAAGACUUUAGUGGAAAUUACAAAUAUGCGCGGUAUGAUGCAUUCGAAAUAGGUAGUGAGAGUGACCAAUACGUCGUGAAGGAUUUCGGAAAUUAUACUGGAACUGCCGUUGAUAACAUGUCCCAUUACAAGGGUAGGAAGUUCUCAACCAAAGAUCGGGAUAAUGAUGAGACCUCUAUACAUUGUGCACAGUACUUCGCAGGUGCAUGGUGGCACUGGAAUUGGAGUUGUACUUAUGCAAAUUUGAACGGGCGAUACAUCAAAGCAUCCGGUGCAAAGUUAAUGCAAUGGUAUUCUUUCAACAGCAACUAUCACAGAUUGAGUUACUCGCGAAUGAUGAUCCGAGAGUUGGAAUAG